GAAACCCUAUCCACCAAAUCAGUCGGCUGUGCCGCUUGACGACGACGUCGAAGCCCUAAAUCACUCUCAAUUUUCACCCCCUCUCGGAUCGCCGAUUCCAAUUUUCAUUCAACCACUGGACAAGGAUGGGGGACUAUGGCGACGCCAUGAUGCGGAACCAGAACGCUGCCGUUCAGGCCCGCACCAAGGCACAGAACCGCGCCAAUGUUAUGCAACUCAAAUUGAUUGGUCAGAGUCAUCCAACUGGUUUAACGGCUAAUCUUCUGAAACUGUUUGAGCCCCGCCCACCUUUAGAAUACAAACCACCACCUGAGAAGAGGAAAUGCCCACCAUAUUCAGGAAUAGCACAAUUUGUUAAUAAUUUUGCUGAGCCUGGUGAUCCUCAAUAUGCUCCUCCGGUGCAGAAGGGUGAGACUCCGACAGAAAGAAGGGCUAGGAUUCACCAACUACGGUUGGAGGAGGGAGCCAAGAAGGCAGCAGAGGAGCUUGAGAAAUAUGAUCCAAGUAAUGAUCCAAAUAUCUCUGGAGAUCCAUACAAGACGUUGUUUGUGGCUAGGCUUAAUUAUGAGACAACUGAAAGCAGAGUUAAAAGAGAGUUUGAAGCUUAUGGUCCUAUCAAGCGGGUUCGUUUGGUCACGGAUAAAGAGUCAAACAAGCCUAGAGGCUAUGCCUUCAUUGAAUAUGUGCAUACAAGAGACAUGAAAGCUGCAUAUAAACAAGCUGAUGGGAAAAAGAUUGAUAACCGGAGGGUGCUUGUGGAUGUUGAGCGUGGCAGAACUGUCCCAUAUUGGCGACCUCGCAGGCUUGGUGGUGGACUAGGGUCAACUCGAACUGGCGCUGAAGAUGCCAACCAGAGGCCUCCAGGGAGAGAGCAAGUGCAGUCUGGAGGAAUAUCUCGAUCUGAGGAGCCAAGGGGUGAAAGAGAUAGAAACAGGGAGAAGUCCCGAGAAAGGCCGAGGGAGAGAGAGAGAGAAAGAUCUCGUGAGCUGUCUCGUGAAAUAUCAAAGGAACGUGAUCAUAGGGAAGAUAGGCACCAUAGAGAUCGUGACAAAACCAAAGAGAGGGAGCGGGAGAGAGACCGUGGCAGUGGUAGAGACCGUGGCAGUGGCAGGGACCGUGAAAGAGACCGAACACGGGACCGUGAUAGGAGUGAUAGGGGUCGAGAUCGGGACCGCGGCCAUGACCGAGAUCGGGAUAGGGAGCGUGACCACGACCGUCAUCGUGAGAGGGACAGGGAAAAGUCAAAGGACUAUGAAAUCGGGGAGGAUCAGGAUCGUGGCCGUUCGCGUGACAGAGAGUACGAGUAUGAACAUUCUGAUUCGAAGCAUGAGAGGGGGGAAAGAGAAAGGAACUAUGGUGUUGUAGAUGCAGAAGAUAGUCGUGGGUGGCCUGAUCAGUCCGAGCAUGGACAUGGGCGUCCAGAAACUGAUCAUGAUCGUGGGCAUUAUGACUAUUAUGGAAAUCAAGGUCGGGGGCAAUAUGACAAUCCUGAAAAGCCGGGGGAUUAUGAUCGUUACAGAGAAUAUGACCGUGAUAAGGAUCACUAUGAUCAAAUGGACGAUGAUGGUUAUGCUUAUGACCGUGCUGCAUCUGAGCCACAAGACAGAGAUUACUGCCGCUCUGAUAGAUCUCUUUCCCGUGAAUACGAGUAUUGAGACUCAUGACCAACCCAAGUAUGCAAAUGCCCACAUGACAAUGUGACAGAUCUCAUAAUACAUGUUUCUCUUGGUUGUCAGUUGGAAUUCUUAGACCAGAUUGUUUUACUAUCGUAUAAUGGUGGAUUGCGUAAUAUUUCGUAUGCUUUUCAUAUCUGGAACUUUUGAAUUUAUUUUGUCAUGUUCAAGUUGGGCUGGAUUUCCCAGAAAACUCGUUUCUAGACUUUUGAUGUGAUUUCUGCUGUUGUAUUUGACUUUGGAUCUUUUGAACUUUAUUCGAUAUGCUUGUUGUUAUUUUUA